CUAAGUUCAUUGAAAGAAAAAAAGAGAUAAACAUGAAAGAUAGAAGAAUGAAAAAAAGAAAAUUAAGAAAAGUGAGAUCUACAAAGGAAAUGGAAGAUUUGAUUAGCAAGCUUCCUGAUGUACUAUUAUCUUCUAUCGUUUCUUUCCUUCCCGUCGCAGAAGGUGCGAGAACUAGUGUGCUUUCAAGACGCUGGGAAACGGUGUGGAAAUACUCAUCUCGCCUUAACUUUGACCAAAAGAAAAUGUUGAAACCUUUCAUCCAAGACUACAUUCUAACUUCUGAACCAACUGUGCGCCUUGAAAUGUCUAUGCGUCGUCAGGAAUCUUCUGAUUAUGAGAAUUAUUUUGAUUCAAUUGCUCAAGCAGCGAUGUUGAUCACAUCAAUUAUGGACAAUCACAUUGGUUCUUUGAAAAGUUGUAGUAUUCGCCAUUUGGUUGAGAGUUGUGCAAGUGAGGAUGUUGUUGGGUGGAUGAGAAAGCUUUUGGAGAAAAAGGUGACAGAGGUUUCAAUGGAACUUGAACCCUUUGAUUAUUGUCACCAAAUAAAAAAUAUAGACUUAAUGGAAGCUGGAUGGAACCUCAAUAUCCCUUUUGAAGUUUUCUCAAGUUUUAAGGUUCUUAAGUUGAAGAACUAUACAUUUUCAACUUCGCCUUUCUCAAAUUCUUCUCAGGUUCUGCAUACUCUUACUCUUAUCGAUAUGGAUAUUAAAUCAAACAAUUUCCAAGAGAUUCUUUCUCAUUGUUCCUCUCUUGAAAACCUUAUCCUUGGGAACUGUGAUUCAUUAGGAGUCGAUGUUAAAAUCGAUAGUUCGAGUCUUAAAUAUUUUAAAAUUUAUGAUAUGAUCGUGCAAAACCUUUUGAUUUCUUCCAUUAACGUUGAAAUCAUAGAAAUUGACUCCAUUAUUUGUGAUGAUGGAGAAAUAAUUUUGAAGACCCCAAAACUUCGCGUUCUUCGUGCUUAUAAUGAUUCGAAAAAGUCUGGACACUUUUUAUCUCUGUACGAAAAUACACUUUUAGGAACAAGGGAUAUCAAUAAAAGAUACUGUGAAUUGGGUUCCGGAGGUUUAAGCAUGGAGAAUAUAUUUCACAAUUUGGUUACUCUUUCCCUUGAUUUAGAUUUGGGAAAUAGUAUUAAUUCAGUAUCUCUUUAUUCUUCCCUGAAGUCCUGCUACAGAUUGAUGAGUCUUCAAAUUAAUAACAAGGUAACCUUGGGCAAAGAUAAUGGAAUAUAUGAUCAAAAUACCAAUGAUUGUAUGCCUCACGGAGAAUAUAUGUUUUGGCCAAAUAUGGAGCCAUGUGAGUGCAUUAAUAAGCAACUAAAGUCUGUUUGUAUAAAGGGAUACAAAGGUGGAAGAUAUGAGUAUGAGUUCGUUAAGUACUUAAUAACAAAUAGCCAAGUUAUUGAGAAUAUCAUCAUUUGCUUUGUGGAUGACUCUUUAUGGGUUGAAGUUGUUGCAACUAUAUGUUUAUUAUCAUAUCCAAGAAUUUCUCCCAAAUUAUCCAUUGAUCUCAAGCCUGGAGUGGAGUAUAUGAAAAAAUAUGGGGAUAACUUUGAAAAGUGGGUUAGAACCCUUAAAUAGUUAUCAAGAUAUGGAUAAAAAGAUUGGUAGGUCGGCCAACUCUGCUAUCUUCUCAGCUUGACUAAAGAACUAUAUUUUAUGUCCGAAUCAAAUAACGGUUUUAGAGUCUUUAUCCUUUUAUUCCUAUGGUGUAAUGUUCUUGGUGCUUCUCUUGGAGGAUUGUGUUUCAUUUGAUAGUCA